AUGGAAUAUGCAAACGACCAAACGGCUACAACAGUUAAGCGCGCCCGAUCCCAAAAUGAGCGACGACAGUCCACGUACGCAAGGACCACUCAAAGCAGAGACAUACAUCUGUCUAUGCUGCCAGAUCUAUCAGAGAACCUAUCGAACGAGGAGCGAACUUGGGAGGAGAUCAUGCAGAUCAAAGCAAUGCCGGUGCCCAUGAACCAGAAACGUGACCUCAAAGCAAGAUUACAGAAUGCAACAAAGCUCCGACUCCAAGGAUUAGAACAGCUCCAAUGGAGACAGAGAAAAGUAUGGCACUGCUUCAGAAUUAGAUUCUCCGAGUUAGUGGGCAAGCUUGAGCUCUGGCAUUCUCCCAUGAGGGAGAUCGAAGGGAAAUUCGGCACCGGCGUGGUCUCAUACUUUAUGUUCCUCAGGUGGCUAUUAUUUUUAAACAUAAUUAUAUCAUUAAUUAUAAUAAUAUUCAUGAUUCUUCCAAAACUAUUAUUAACGGAGACGGACAAUGAAUGUAAAGAUUCCAACACAAAUUCUUCUGUGUGCUGUUCAAAUGCGUACUUCUCAAAAAAUCUUACCAAUUCUAAUGUAUUCUUUGAUGUUAUACAAGGAACAGGGUGGAUGGAACGGACAAUUUUGUUCUACGGAGUGUAUUCAGACCAAAUACACUCAUAUCAACUUCCAAGUUUAUUUGAAAGUGAAAUGUAUUACAAUAACCCUAUGGCUUAUAUUCUGGUAGCUAUUUCCUGGGUUCUAUUAUCUCUUAUUGCUAUUGUAAAGACAGCAGCCAAGGGUUUCAAAGAGAGAUUAGUUGAGAGUGAAGGUCAAUUUUAUAUGUAUUGUAAUUUGGUGUUUGGUGGAUGGGACUUUUGUAUACACAAUGAUAAAUCAGCUAAGAUUAAACACAAAGCCUUGUAUAAUGAAGUGAAAGGUUGUCUCGAAGAAGAGAGGUAUAAAGAAGAGAAGCAGUUAAGAAGUAGAGAAACUCAAAUCUUAUUACAUUUAAAAAGGUUACUAAUCAAUUUGGUAGUAUUUGUUAUUUUGAUAGCGUCUGGCCUCUUAAUCUAUGUGACGUUCAAUUAUUCUACGAAUAGAUUGAAUCAAGAGAUUACAGAACAAGUUAAUAAUGAAAUUAUCAACACCACAAAGGCAGCGUUAACGACUAGUCUUAGUUUGUACAGAGAAGGGACAUCCAAUUUUGCUGUACCAGCUUUUGCUAUAUUACUAUUGUGUUUAUAUUACUAUUGGGCUGUUGCGACUGCCAAUAGGCAUAUGGUGACGGUUCUCAAGAACCAGCUGGUGUUAGAAGGUCACGACAAGCAGUUCUUGCUGAAUAGGCUCAGUGCGUUUAUAAGGCAGCAUCAGAAACGGUGUGAAAGGCGAAACAGAGCCAGUUUUGCUGAUGACGAUGCUGAGAUUAGGCAAAGUUCUAGGUAA